CCCCUCGCUCCUCCCCGCGGCCGGCCGGGCUGCGCAGCCGCCGGGGCGGGGGAGGCGGCCGGCGCCCCGCAGCCGUUGCUGUGAGCGGGCCCCGCUGCCGCCAUGGCGCUGGUCACGCUGCAGCGUUCGCCGACCCCCAGCGCCGCCUCCUCGGCCAGCACCAGCGAGCUGGAGGUUGGCAGCGAUGAAGAGCGUAAAUUAAAUGUGAGCCUAAGCGAGAGCUUUUUCAUGGUGAAAGGCGCAGCCCUUUUCUUACAACAAGGAAACAGCUCCCAGGGCCAGCGAAGUCUUCAGCAUCCUCACAAACAUGCAGGUGAUUUGCCUCAGCACCUCCAGGUGAUGAUCAACCUCCUUCGCUGUGAGGAUAGGAUCAAACUGGCUGUCCGUUUGGAAAGUGUGUGGACAGACCGUGUCCGGUACAUGGUGGUUGUAUACAGCAGCGGACGCCAGGACACAGAAGAGAAUAUUCUGCUGGGUGUGGAUUUCUCCAGCAAGGAGAGUAAAAGCUGCACUAUAGGAAUGGUUCUUCGUCUGUGGAGUGAUACUAAAAUCCAUCUUGACGGUGAUGGUGGCUUCAGCGUGAGCACCGCAGGGAGAAUGCACAUCUUCAAGCCAGUGUCGGUGCAAGCCAUGUGGUCUGCUUUACAGAUCCUCCAUAAAGCCUGUGAAGUUGCAAGAAGGUACAACUACUUCCCAGGUGGGAUGGCCUUGGUGUGGGCCACGUAUUACGAAAGCUGCAUCAGCUCCGACCAGAGCUGCAUCAACGAGUGGAAUGCGAUGCAGGACCUGGAGUCCACCCGCCCCGACUCUCCAGCCCUGUUUGUUGACAAGCCAACUGAAAGAGAACGAACAGAACGGCUCAUUAAAGCCAAACUCCGGAGCAUCAUGAUGAGCAAAGACCUGGAAAAUGUGACUUCUAAGGAGAUACGAAAUGAGCUGGAGAAACACAUGAAUUGCAACUUGAAGGAAUUCAAGGAAUUUAUAGACAAUGAAAUGCUGCUUAUCCUGGGUCAGAUGGACAAACCGUCUCUGAUUUUUGAUCAUUUAUAUCUGGGGUCUGAGUGGAACGCCUCCAACCUCGAGGAGCUGCAGGGCUCGGGCAUUGACUACAUUUUGAAUGUGACCAGGGAAAUUGAUAAUUUUUUCCCCGGUUUGUUUGCAUAUCACAACAUCCGAGUGUAUGACGAGGAGACCACUGACCUCCUGGCUCACUGGAAUGAGGCGUACCACUUUAUAAAUAAGGCCAAGAAGAAUCACUCCAAGUGCCUGGUGCACUGCAAAAUGGGCGUGAGCCGGUCAGCAUCUACUGUUAUAGCUUAUGCAAUGAAGGAAUUUGGCUGGUCACUGGAAAAGGCCUAUAAUUACGUGAAGCAAAAACGCAGCAUUGCAAGACCAAAUGCAGGCUUCAUGAGACAGCUUUUGGAAUACGAAGGCAUUUUGGACGCAAGCAAGCAGCGCCACAAUAAGCUGUGGAAGCAGCAGGCAGAGAGCAACCUGCCCCAGAACACAGACGGCACCACGGGGUCGGGCGACUUCUUACUGGAGAGUUUAGACAUCGACCUAGAAAACCGCCUGGCUGACCUGGACACGCCUUCGCAGUCGGCGUACCUGGACAACCGCGCCGGCAGGGACGUGGCUGUGGGGUUUAAUUACUGCUUCCGUCGCCUCUCGGACACGCUGCUGGAGAACAAGAUUCCCGGGGACAGGGAGGGCUUCUUCCACGUGGAGGAGCUGGAGCGGGACGCGCUUGCGGAGCGCGCUGCCUCGCUGGUGGGACAACCUCCAUCUGCACCGUCCGAGGGAAGGCUGCUGGAGACGGCAAAAGCCCUGGAGACAGCAGAGCCGCUGGCAGAGCUGAGCAGUUUCACCGAGAAGGAGGUGAAGAAGAAACUGGACUUAAGCUCCCGUAAGGGAAGGAUAGUGCUGGGCCCCGGGGACCCAGGGGAGGACGGUGUCAGGGAGGAAAAUCCGAUGGAGAAGUGGAAGCGGCGUUUGUCCAUGCACAAGGAGGAGAGCAGGCUUAAUAGAGAGAACUUGAAUAACAACAACAGCAAAAGGAGUUGCCCAGAGGAUUUUGAGCAUGAUGCCGUAUUUGGGAUCCUCAGUAAGGUCAAGCCUUCCUAUCAGUCUUGCACUGACUGCAUGUAUUCCUCGGCCAGUUUGUCUCCCGACUCCUUUGGGGAGCAGUGUGAAAAGCUGAACGCCAGCACUGCGCGUCGCAGCACCACCAUCUGCACACAACCAGCCCUCCUCUCCCACGUCAAUUCCAACUUGGCGGAGCACCUGCCCAGCAAGGCACACUCAGAGGAAGCAAUCAGAACUAAAAGUAAUGAGGCUCCUCUUCCUCUGCCAGCGGGAACUGGUAUGUUAGAGGCUGGUACUUACAAAUCGCUCGAUCAACACUUCAGCAUUUUGGGGAAAGGGAAAGAUGCACCAAAAACCCCGGUCAAAACUCUGCUGCCCAGGAGAAAUUCACACUGUGACAAGAGCCUUCUUAAUGCCGAAGUGGUGAAAGAGGAGUGUCUAGCCAGAAAAGACAGCAAACCUAGCAAGGAUCUGAAGUACUUGUUCAGCAAAGACUUGGAAAAACCAAGUGCAAACAGUUACUUGAUGCAGCAUCAGGAGUCUCUUAUUCAGCUGCAGAAGGCAGGCUUGGUUAGGAAGCAUACCAAAGAGCUGGAGCGGCUGAAAAGCCUGCCCUCGGACGCCUCCUCGCUGCUCAGAGAGAGUCCCCUGAGCAGAGUUGACUCCAGCAUCGUGGAGGAAAGCGAGGAUUUGGUUUCGCAUCCCGGCCUCCUACCUCUUCUGGGACCAGCAGCGCUGAUACGCGAAGAGGCAGGAAGCGAUGUGGAGAAGUUCGAGAUGAAACGCGUCUUGGAGGGGAUCUCUCCGAAAACCUCCGUGCCUGUCGUGUGCCGGUUGGAGCACACGAGCAGUUUCACCAAGGACUUCCUGAAGACCAUCUGUUACACCCCCUCCUCCUCCCGGAGCUCUAACCUGACGCGGAGCUCCAGCAGCGACAGUAUCCACAGCGUGCGGGGCAAGCCCGGCCUGGUGAAGCAGCGAACUCAGGAGAUCGAGACCAGGCUGCGGCUGGCUGGCUUGACUGUGUCUUCUCCUCUGAAAAGGUCCAACUCCCUCGCCAAGCUGGGAUGUCUUAACUUGUCCUCUGAGGACUUAUCGAGUGACAUGGAUGUGUCAACCGUAACGGACUCAAAAGAGGCUGUUUCGAGCGAGUCUUCCGUGCUCUGUGAGCCACGAUCCGUGCUGAGGAGUGCAGAUGUCACCUCCAAGCUGGCAGCGAAGCCAGCGGUCGGAAACUUGAAGAACACGCUUUGGAUGGGCAAAAGUUGAUGCUUCCUGUGGGGGGGAGUAGGGGGGUGGAUUUUUCUUUUUGUUUUUUUUUUUUUUUUUUUUUUAUGACAUUUAUUCAUUGCACCGAUGCAGUUUUAUCAUCUGACUUGCAGUAGUUCAUCUGAUGCCACCUCUUCUUCCCCUCCUUGUACUCUAAGUGAGGAGACAAAAACCAUAGUGGGUCAUGAUGAAGGGCACAAGGGAAAAUAAAAUGUAUUGCAUGGCUUAGAAGAGGACUUUGUGUGUGAAUUGCCUGUUGUCCUGCAGGAUGCUAUUCUAGUACUGUUUGCCAAGUAUAAGAAUGUGGUUUUGUGUGUGUGUAUAUAUAGAUAGAUAUUUGUAUCUAUUUAUCUAUCUAUCUAUAUAUAUAAAAUGCUGAAAUACUGUUUCAAAGACUCGAUGAAAUACUUAGUCAUGACUUUUUUUUUUUUUUUUUUUUUUUUUUUUACAGAACAAACACAAGUCUCUAGUUAAAACAGGGCACUUGUGGAAAAAUCCUUAAAAUGGUGACAUGAACACUACCUCUGUUCUUGCUGACUUUUAGCCUUGGUUUGUUGAUUGUGGUUUUGUUUUUUUUUUUUAAAAAAAAAAAAAAAAAGGCUUUUCCCACAACACCUACCGCUGUUUGAAGGUAUUCCCUUAAUGUUCACUGUGAAGGCCUGGAGGAGUGUGGAGGCGGAGGCUUUACGGCCGCCGAGUGACCUAGCUGUGAAGUGGAGGAGUAUCGAGCCGUGUUCGUGUUGACCCUGUGACCGGCCGCCGUUUGUCCGUCCGCGCCGGGUGACCGGGUGACUCGUCACAGUCUCCUGUUGGUGCCGGAGUGACACCCGGACUGUGUCGCUGUCCCUGGUUUCCGCUCCCCUGGAGACGGUUCGUGUUCUUUGGGUGUUUUUGCUGUCGUCGUGCUUUGUAAUGUCCCAGUACUAAUGACGAGCCUGGCCAGUAAGUGACCGUGGACCCUAGCGAAGCUUUGUGUGAUGCUGUGUCAGUGUCGUGGAUCCUGUGUGAGGGACCCUUCUUCGUCGGGCGGUUGGUGACGCGCCGUGCCAGCGACAUGGCCCGGGAGGGACGGCUCUCCCGGUGUCCCACGCCUUUGAAAGUCCCCGUAGGCAAUAGGUGAACGUGUGUCUUUUCUGAUUAUUGCUGUUGGUUUGGUAGAACAGUUCCUACGCCCCGGGUGUGCCAGCAGCCUGGGAAGCUGUUGAUGAAGUCCAGGGGGUUGUUUGUGCUGGGUGGCAGGAGGGCGGCUGGCCCCAGGGCGGGUGUACGUGUCCCCGCUCCCGCAGAGCUGCACCAGCCUCCUGCCCGGGCUGACAGAGGCGUAAAUCCCGCUCUCGGCGGGGCGCGUCCUUCGGGGCGAGCAGUCAAACAGAAAUCCGGGCUUGCUCCAAAGAGAGAGGGAUCCCGAAGGUGCGGGUGAGAUCUUUUGGAGGAAGGCUGGCAGGACCAGCAGGGAGGAAGCCGGGGGCUGCCUGUGCCCUGCAGCCGUAGCCGAGGCAGCGCGUCCCCUCCCGUGCCAGAGGCCUGGCCUGUGGGGGACCGGUCUGUCCUGCUGCGGGAGAUGCUUGAAAUGCAGCAGUUCACUGAUGCUGUACGAAACGCACGUUUCCUUCGAAUAUUUUGGGCAGCCAGCCAGGUCGAGACUGGCCAAGUCAAGAGGGAAGAGCUUGAGAGGCGUGUAGGGGAUGUGCUGCAAGCCGUGGUGCUCGCCGGGUCCCGGCUGAAGCCGUGCUGGCUGCUUGUGCCUUCGGGGUGAUACUCUGAAGCAGGCUGGGGGCUCAGAACAGAUCGCAGGGGUCAGCGAAGGCCAACAGUUGGAUUUGCUCAAUUAACAACGAGGCUGUGAGUGCGAGCUCUCCCGUGUUUUAAAAUCUCCCAUCGAAAGCCAUUCUUAAAAAUCCUCUUUGAGGUGGGGGAGAGAGCAGUCAUUCUGAGUCUGUAUCUAUCAAAAAUCCGCUGUCCUGAGAAAGGGAGCCAUGUGUUUCCCUGUCCUCACUGCCCAAAGCGAACCUUUUUUUCCUUAAGCAUAAGACCUCACAUUUUUACAUUAAGUGUGAGGAAUUGUAGGGACUGGCAAUCAGUAAAUAAAUGUCCCUCCUUAGAGUCUUAAAUUUGAUGUACAUUUUUAGCUUAAGGCACGCUUCCCAUUUUACCUGUGAAAGCUGAUUUGAAGCAAAAGCAGCUGCAUGAGGGAACCCUGGAAAAAAACGCACAAGCUUUUGUUUUUCAGGGUUGAGAAAACGCCGGGUCGUGCUCAGAGCAGGAGUGAAACACCCUGUACCUGCUAUCGGCGUCCCCCGGGUGCGCGUCCACACCUACUGCAAUAAAUAAAUUGCCUCUAUUUGUGUCGUUCUUACUGUCCUUGUUUGCGGCGGGGGCACGCAGGAGGCCCCGGGGCUGCGUGGUGCCCGUGCCGCUCUGCCCGCACCGCGCUCGCGUUUCAUCCCCGCACGGGCUGAUCGUUGGCCUCAGCUUGCAAGAGCCGCUCGCACCCUUAUUUUUCUCCACUAUACGCUACACCAGCACCUUCCGCAGCGCUGCCGCCACUUCCCAGCCAAGGGAAGAAGCGAGGGUCGGGUUUGAAUAAAUGCAGAAAAAUUCCGUUAACUGAUGCAAGCGACCAUAACAGAUUUCCUGCCUGGUUUUGUGCCUGCCAAGUUCUGCCGCGUACGAAGCUGCUGUCCUGGGGCGUAGCUCGGUGCUGAACCGCCUUCCCCCGGCCUGGCGCGUGGGCUCGGCUUGCGCCGGACCAACCCCACCACUUGGCUCGUCGGGCUCGGGGCUGCGUCGUCGCGACGCUGUCGGGAUAGAGGCACGGUUUAGCAGGAGUCGGUCUCGAAGCCAACGUGCGCUAGAAGCACUCGUGUGCCAUUUCGAAGGUUUUUGUAGCCAAACCUCUGAUGCUUGCAGACUUCAUUAGAUUUGUUGCAUGAGAAGGUAGAUGUGUCCUCUCCUGUGUAUUGUAAUUGUUCUUUUACAAUUGAGUGCCUUAAUAAUAGUUUACAAAUACUGUGUAUUUAUGCUGAGCUGUUAAACUCUGCUGUUUGCUGUUCAUAUAUAUAUAUUUUUUUUUUUUUUGGUGCUUUUGGUGUUUCCGGUGGCAGUGAGACCGUUACUACUUCUGCACAUCACCCUCCCGGCUGAGCUCCGCGCUGCUAACCACUUCCCUUCUGCUGUGUACGUGGCAAAACUGAAGGGCUGUGCCGUGCCGGCUGCCGCUCCCAGUGCCCCCCUUUAUCUAUGCAUCGCCGCCGGAACGCAGACGGGGGGGGGGGGGUCAGGGGAAACAUCCCACCUCCGCAGAGCGCCGAGCGUGAAUCCAACCCCAGUCCCGUUCUGCCAGAAAACCCGAAACGCCCAAAACUUGGCACCUUAUUUCCAAUCCAGGCUUUGUCGGUCUGGGCGGCAGCAGUAGCCCAUCUCCUGGCUGGCCUUGCCGUGCCGGGCUUUGGCGCCGUCGUGCCCCAUCACCCCUUGCAGGUGUCACCCACCCUCUGCUGGGAACCCAGCCCGGGAGGUGGAGACCAGCCUGGUUAGACCGUGACCGCAGGCCUGGAGAGGAGGGGUGGGUGAGUAACGUGGAGCUGUUCCAGUGCAUUGCUGUACUCUGGUAACAAUGUUCCUUUUAUUUCAUGGUAUUUCUUAAUUCUGGUUUUAUAUUUAAAUAUGCAGUAUUUUUUGUACUGUACGUUCGCGGUAGGGGAUGCAUAAUGCACUUUUUUUUUUUUUUUUUACUUUUGUUU